GUAUUUAUAUUUCAUGAAAAUGCAGUCAAGAGUUAUAAAAUGUGGGUUGUUGUUAAUACCUUGGAAGAUAUUAACAAUAAUCUUUCAAACAACCCCGCUUUAAAAGACCCUGAACUAUCCCUUUAAGACUUUAUGCCAAAGAGCUCAAGGCUUCCCUCUAGUGACCACUGUCAAAUAUUACAAAACAUUUUUAUUAUUAUUUUUGGUGAAGGAAACUGAUUGUGUUAAACAUUUCAUGUUAAAUUAUUUGUCAGCCUUUUAUCACUAUUUAGAGCAGAUUUGCAUAACAUGUUUGGAGAGUGUGAAUAUUUAAACAGUACAAUGUUUUAAAUCGCCCUUCAUUAUCUUAAACUGUCUGCAGACCUAAAAACUCUUUGUCUUCUGGCAGACAUUGGAAGUUUCCUGGAUUUGCCUGUUGUAUUUUAAAUUUAGUUUUACCCCUUAUUACCAAAGUUUGGAAAUUUGGAUUGAUAUGAACUCAUUAGCCCAUGCUCUAAGGUCAUUCAGACAUCAUGCCCGUCUGGCUUGGUUAUUGAUUCCACAGAGGAACGUUUUGUGCUUGCAAUUUAAAACACAAAAUAUAUCUGGCUGUGAGUUGUGUAAACAAAGAUAAGGUUUGACUUCAAAUAGCACCCAUAUGUUGCCAAAUUUAUCGGAUGAUGCACUGACCAACCCACCCUGGCUCGUCAUUUAAAACGUAGUUUCUCCCUGUGGCUUUGCACUGCAUAAAUCUACCUGCUGUCGGCCGCCACUCCUCAGGAACAGCCAUCCACAUCCUUCUGAAUCAUGCAGUCUGCUGAAUCCAAAUUCAACAGAAACAGCUUGUUUCUGACCCUGAAGCAAUACAGCUCAGCCGUCAAUGACAUGGAGAAGACCAUCCUCCUGCCAAGCCUGCUGCGAGACGUCCCCUCCGACUGCAAAGCAGAUGAGGCCUGCAGAGAUCUCUAUGCCAACUACUUGAUGCUGAAGGCCAUUCGAAACACAGUGGAGAGCAGCCUGGUUCCCCUGGACGAUUGGAAGGCCAAAAACGCCACAUUCACCAAGACCCUGGAGCCUUUCCUGGAAGCUGAUCCUGAAGCAUUAUUUCUCUUCCAUCUGAGAGGACUGUUUUCUGUGAUGAGCGACCUCACAAAGGAGACUCGGAGCCUCACUAACAAAUACUUGGACAUAAUUGGAUUGGCAAAUUAACGUCAAAACAUUUGUUUGCAGACAUUGACCUUCAGGAUUUAAGCUUCAUGAAUAUGGAAUAAAUGUACUUGAGCAAAACUGACAA